AACAGAUUUAAACGCCAAAGCUUCAGUGACUUUGGUAGUAACAAUAAUCAAAAUGACCAGUUUGGUGAUUCAUAUAACAGAAACCCUGCGAACAGAGAUCGAUAUAAUCAAGAUCCUUACAAUCGCGAUCAAUACAACCGGGAUAGUAACCAGGAUCCGUUUGCCAAAGAUCCUUACUCGAUUGACAGAGAUAGAUAUGGUGUAAAUGUUGAUCCUUAUGGUACCAAUAUAAAUUAUAACCGUGAAGAUGAAACUUACCACGAUAAUCGCAUUAACAAUACUCGUGAUAAUUUCGAUCGCAACCGGCCCAAUAUUAGUUUUUAUGAAUCUUUUAAUUUGUUCGAGUCGUCUCCCAAGUACGGACCUCAUGCAAAUUUGCUCUUUCAAGAUACUACAAGAAACUUUGCAGCUUUGUCUGAUAAUCAGCAAACAUUUACGGGAUUUCUAGCCGAGGCGCUGGAUGUGAUUAUGGGUAUCCGACAAUGUCCAGUUGACCAUAUGACAUUGUGUGUUACUUCCGAUCAAGAAUUGGAAAAAUGUGUUAAAAUGAAAACUGCACUAAAGGCUCAAUUGGUCAAACCAGAAAUGCGAUGCGAAAAAGCGCACUCACAAAUAAAUUGUAUGCAAAAAAUUCAGGCGGGCAGCGCUGAUGUUGCCGUUUUGGACGCCAGCGACGUAUAUACGGCAGGAUUAAAUUACGACCUAAUUCCAUUUAUAAGUGAGAUUUACAAUUUGGGCGAACCUGAGUAUUAUGUAGUUGCAGUUGCAAAAGAGGAAGAUCCCAGUACUGAACUGACAUAUUUACGAGGGAAAAAUACUUGCCAUGGUGGUAUUCAUUCGGCAGCUGGGUGGGUGUAUCCGCUUGCCUAUCUUAUAAGUAAUGGUUGGAUUAGGCCGUAUGGAUGUAACAGUAUUAGAGCGGCAGCUGAAUAUUUCACCAAAAGUUGUGUACCUGGUGCUUUGAGUACAGAAUACAAUACAGGUGUACCUUAUGAAAACUUGUGUGAUUUGUGUCAUGGCGCAAGUUUUAGAUUCUGUCGAAGAGACGCAGCAGAAGAUUACUAUGGUCAUACAGGCGCCUUCAGAUGUCUGGUAGAAGGUGGCGGUCACGUGGCCUUUGUAAAGCACACUACAGUAAUGGAAAAUACAGGCGGCGAAAGGCGCGAGUGGUGGGCGAGAGAUAACUUGAUGGACGACUUUGAAUUACUUUGUCCCGAUGCAACUCGUGCGGAGGUUCAAGAUUACAAGAAGUGUAACUUGGGAAAAGUAAAGUCAAACGCCAUUGUAACGAGAGGCGGAGAUCAAUUCAAGGAACUAGAAAUAAAUGCUUUCAUUAAUCUGUUCAUGUACUCGCAAACGUACUACGGCAGAAAGACUACAGAUGAGUUUAGUUUCAGUAUGUUUUCGUCACCGCCCCCUUUUACGGAUUUGAUAUUUCAAGAUGCCACUCAACAAUUGAAAGUCAUUGAACCUAAUGAGCGGUACUAUUCCACCUAUUUAGGCCCUGACUAUAUGAGAGCGCGACGUAUAGUCGAUUGUCGAUCUACCUCUAGCAAAGUUCCACUGCCGUUUUACUCACUCUUAGGACUCUUAGUAGUCAUCUACUUCCAAAGAUAAAAUUUAGAUCUGUAGGAACUUUGUACAAAUUAACA